AUGUUGCAUCUCCUUACAUAUCUUGUGGCACUGGUGCCUCUAGUUUCAGAAGAAGCGAUCAAGUUUGUUGAUAAAGUUGGAGGGUUUGAAUGGUUGAUUAAGAAGUAUGAGAUGGAUGGAGCUGCUGCAAUGAAGUUGGACCUCUCAUUAGAGACUCCAAUAAUAGUGGUACCACGAGAUUCCAAUGGCACAAAUGUUGGAAGAGUUAUAGACAAUGGAACAACAUAUGGUUACCUACCUGAAGCAGCUUUUCAUGCAUUUAAGAAAGCUCUAAUCAUCGAUUACAAUGAUAUGAAAAGAAUCCCUUUCCUUGAUCAAUUGAUGAAUGAAUUCAAUGAAGGGAUAAUAAACCUGAGUGUAUUUAUUCCAAAUUCCAUGUUUGAUUCUGAAUUGAAGCAUGAGGUAUGUCAUUGGGCAGCAUAUUAUGAACAUAGGAUGUGCCUUGGACAGAAAGCCAUAUUUCACAUUGAAGCAUUUUCAUGUGGCCAAGUUCAUGAGCAUUUACAAAGGCUUUCUGAUUGCGACAUUUGGCUGAGCUCAACAUCAUUCUCUAUGAACCUCAUAUGCUUCAAAAUCAAUGUUGGCUUUGGAUGUCUGAGUUUCAAUUGA